CAGAGACAGGGUUGGGGCUUUCGAGAGUUGCGUGUGCAGGCCACAUUGCUGCGAAUGGAUUUUGUAUCACUCAUAUUAUCAUAAUGAACAAUUGAACAUGUAUUGAAAGCCUGCACGGCUCCAGACAUUGGUCCCGCCACUGGUGUUGCUGGAGGCUGCGCAAAGCAGCGCGAUUACCGCGGCUGGACGCUGCGCAUGCAGGGCUGGCUGGCGGCGUUUACUUCAAACUUCUUGUGGCGCAAGGCAGGCUGCAGAUACAACACCGUGCGCGAAUGGCGGCCUCCGUGUCGGCGGCGACCACAACCUCCCUCGGCUCCCUCCACCGUGCGGGCUCAGUGUCGCUUGUGGGCCUUGCAGCGACCAGCACACUCCCGCGUGCUGCGGCAUGCAGCACUUCCCUGCAAUUCUCGGCUUGCUCACCACGUAACUGCUCAGCAGCGCCUAUAGUUGUGGCCCGCCGCAACGCCAGCGCGGCGCCGCUGGCGCCGGGGUGCCGGGUGCGCGCCGCCGACGCUUCGACGCGCGCCGCGCCGCGCCACAACGCAAGCAGAGCCGGUGCAUCCACAGGAGACGACGCAGCUGCUUUCAAGUCCAGUCUGGAAAUGGAUUCUGAUGAGCUUGACCGCGCGCUGGACCGACUGGAUCCCGGCAUCAGCCUGGACGACAUCUUGUCGGGCAGGUCGGCAGCGGCGGAGCCGGCGAGGCGGCCGGCAGCGGCAGCGACGCCGUCAAUAGUAAGGGGCUCGGGGACGAAGGUGCCUAUCCAGCUGAGGCGCGGGGCGGCGCGGCCGUGGGACGGCGCCACAUCAUCACCACCAGCGCAGCUGGCGCAGGCGGAGGAGGCUGGCAGCAGCGGUCGUGUGGCGGCCAACGGUGACGCCAGGGCCGGCAACACGAGCGGCAGCAGCGGCAACACGAACGACAGCGGCAGUACCGGGCAUGCAAGUGCCGACCGAAGCAGCGACACACGAGGAAGCAAUGCUAACGGUGUUGGGACUGGCAGGGCUUUGGAGCAGCAGCUCAUGCCCAGGCCGGCUGUGCAGGACCCGCAGCGCCCGCGGCAGCGGCAGUCGAGCAAGCGGUUGGUUGUUUCUGAUUCAGCCGAGACUACUCCAAAGCCUGCCUCACCGCCAACUACGGCUGCCUCUCCAAGCGUACUUACUUCCGCCGCCGCGGGACUUGGGGCGGGGCUCCCUCAAUUUGCGGGCCGCACCCGGCCACCUGGCAGCGGGCUCGCUGAGCGACUAGGGCUGCUGGCGCAAGGGCAGCAGCCACAGCAGCCCUCGCAGCAGGCUGCGGGACUCGGGCCGGCAGUGUCUGAGGCGGCGGCAGCGCCUGCAGGCAGCGGCGCCCUGUUGGCGGCACCGAACUCGGGCUCGGCUGUGGUGACGGCGGAGCUGGCGGGUUCGCUGGCCGCUCGGUCCACUCGGGCACCACGGUCGCAGCGGGUGCGCAGCACGGAGUGGGUGGCGGCGAUGGAGGCGGCGGCGGAGGCGGAACAGGCUGCCGCUGCCGCUGCGGCUGCUGCGGCCGCGGCCGCGGCUGCGGCAGAGGGGUACUCCAGCUACGAGUCCUGGGUUGGCAGUGCCACCUACGUCAGCCCAGAAGGCUGGGCACCAUUGGGCUCGCAGCAGGCGCGACAAGCGCCACAGGCACAGCCAGGCCCGCGGCCACAGCUGCAAUUUGACCCUUACUCUCCGCAGCCGCAGUUGCAGCCGCAGCAGCGGCGGAGGCCGGUGUCCCAGUCGGAGGCGCUGCUGCUGGAGCUGCUGCAGGAGGAGGACCAGCCCGAGUACCUGCGCGCCGCCGCGGCGGCGGCGGUGGCGGUGGCGCCGCCGCCGGGUAUCACAGGGCAGUCGGUGGAGCUAGGGCUGCAGCGGGAGCUGCAGGCGGGGUCCUGGGGGGACCUGGUGCCGGAGCCUCGUGGCACGGUGGUGCUGGCUGAGGCGCCGCUGCGCGGCGCCAUCGCCGCUGCCGCGGCGGAGCAGCGCGGCGCCGCCGCUGCCGCAGCGGCGCGGCUAACGCCGGCGCAGCUGGCUUCGCUGCCGCUGGACCGGCGCACGUGGCGACUGCUGGCGGCGGCGUGGUUCCCCAGCCUGUACGAUGAGGAGUGGCACGGCAGCUUGUAUGAGUUUUUGUUUGAGCUGUGGCCGGAGGUGGGCCGGGCGCACGUUGCGGCGGGCCAGGUGGGCGGCCGGCCGCGGCUGCUACUGGCCACUGACGCCGAGCUGGCGGCGGCGGUGGCGGCGGCGGCGGCUGUGGGCGAGGUGGAUGAGGAGGACGCCGCCGCCGCACGCGCGCUGCUGCCCGGCUAUCCGGCCGCCUUUGGCAGCGGCAGUAGCAACAGCAGCUUUGGCGGCGCCAGUGGCGGCAGCAGCGGCAAGGAGCCGCGGCAGCAGCGCGCCGCGGCAUUCCUGGAUGCAGCGUACGGCUUUGCGGUGCGCUGCGCCGCCUCCGCUGACUUCGCGGUGGUGAGCGGCCUGGCGGUGAGUGUGCUGGAUUGCCUCGACGACCACGACACGCUGCCGGCGGGGCUGGCGGCGCGGCUGCCGGCGCCGUUGGUGAGCCGCGUACUGGUGCCGCUGGCGCCACGCUUCCAGCCGUCUUGGGUUGUGGAGGAGUGGGUGGAGGCGGUGGCGGAGGCUGGGCUGGGCCGGCGGGUGGGCAGGGGCAGCGCGCAGGCGGAGAUGGAUGAGAAGGUGCUGGUAGCCAUCGGUGCGGCCGGCAGCAGUACCAGUGGCAGUGCGAACACGGGUACUGGCAGCAGUGUUGGUGCCGGCGGCAGUAGCAGUGGCAGCAGCACAAAGCUGCCGCGGCGCUGGCGGGAGCUCGUGCAGCGGCUGGAGGUCGCCGGGGCCGCGCACCCCAGCUCGCCGCUUGCUUCGAUGCACUCGCUGCUGGACUUCGACACCCCCUGGGAGUGGGAGCGCCAGCAGCGGCGCCGCGAGGGCCAGGCGCGCGCCAGGCGGGCCCGGCAGGCGGAGCCGGACACACAGUCGAUGGAGCUCGCAGCGGCACCAGCUGCCGAUAGCACAACGGCCGAGAUGCAGGCUGGCGUGGAGGCACAGACGCGGGCGGAUACGGCGGCACCAGGGGGACAGGAGAAGGGGCGCAAGGAGGAGUCACAGGAGGGGCGUGGCAAGGGCCGGGGCGGUGGCCGGAGCCGCCGUACCACGGUUGCUGCGGCGGUAGAGGAUGAGCAGGGCGGAGAGGGUGCAGCGCCGGCGGCUCGGCCCAAAGGCCGGGGCCGGCCGCGCCGAGUAACGCAGUAGGGGUAGCCAUCUGCGGGUGGUAGUUGUAGCUUAGCCGUCAGACAAUGUGCGCCAGAAUCAGCGGCAGCAGUUUUUCGUGAAAAGCGGGAGACUGGGAGCUAUAGCGCGGCCACAGAUGCAUACAUUGCCCGUUGUGCAAGUAUCAGAUAUAGGGGAAGGGGGCUGGAAGCUGCAGAAGGCUGCUAGACAGUAUGAGCGUGUGCCCUGGUGUGCCGCACUGUACCUGGUUGGCAUGACUUGAACCAUCUGAGCGCGUUGUUCUAAGCGGCUGAAAAGCCUAAUUGAGUUCAAGGUCACGGUCGCCCGUCGCCGCAGUGUCGCAGUCCAUUGAAAGCUGUGUCUCAUCCUGAAAUUCCU